AAAAAAGAGCUGCUUGUUCAGUUGAGCACUACAAACUUCUAAAACAUCUUUCUGCUAGCUUUGCUUUGGCUCGGUCAAUGCUUUUGUCGGCCUUCCGCAUUUUCCUGCGGCUCUGGCGCAGUGACGUGUCGCGCUGACGGCGGCCCGAGCGCUGGUGGAGCUGCUACAAGCUGCAGCGCGUCUGUGUGUGGAGCUCCGCCCUCCCUGCGCACACCGCGGCCCGCCCAGCGUCUGCUAACUCCCGAUCGAGCCCUGCCCGAGUCUGGGGAAACCCGACGGCCUGCCUGCCCUGGGAAAAUCUGGAGGCCGCCGCGUGCACUCAUCUACGUUGUGCCGUGGCCAAUGAAGAAUAAAGACGAUGGAGGAGGAGGUGACAAGGCUUGCACUCCACUCCCAGGAGCCAAAGAUUAUACUGCACGGUUCAGAUGAGGGAGGUGCUUGUGAAGAGGAGUACGUGGUGGAGCUUCAGGAGACUGUGCUGGUGUCGGAGGUGGAGGGGGAGGGUGUCUCCGUUCAGGGCUUCUCCUCCGACGAGCUCGUCAUCCAGGAUGCAGUGGAAGACGUGGUUGCCGAGUAUGUGCACUGUGAUGACGAUGAGGGCGUUGCUGUGGAGACCUGUGUGAUGUCCCUGGAGGAAGAGGAGGAAGGCGUUGCCAUGGCAGAGAUGACCGAGGAUGUUUUGGUGGCGGAAGGGAGGGAGCCGGAUGGGCUGGACCCUGAAAACGACUCCGACAGCUGCGGAGACUAUCUGAUGAUCUCAUUGGAUGAUGCAGGAAAGAUGGUGUCAGGUGAUGGAGAGGAGGUGACAGUGGAGGGGGCGAUAGAUGAUCAAGAGGUGGAGAAAGAUGAAGAUGGACAGGAAGUUAUCAAAGUUUACAUCUUCAAAGCAGACUCGGGGGAGGAUGAUCUUGGGGAGACGGUGGACCUCGGUGAAAGUGAAAGUGAGGCUGUAACUCUGGCUGAGCCAGUGGUUCGACCGCUACGGGAAAAGAUGGUGUAUAUAUCCGUGGGAGAUGGUCACCAUACACAGACUGAUGGAGGGUCUAAGCUGUCUGAUGAAGUGUACAUGGAGGUGGUGGUCGGAGGGGAGGAGCCAGUGCCUCAUGACAGACCGUAUGACAGCACGGCACUGAGCAAGGACUUCAUGCCUGUAGCGUGGGCCGCUGCAUAUGGUGCGGAGGAUCAUGAGGGCUGUGAGAAUCGUAACGGUGCAGCGAGCGCGUUACUGCACAUCGACGAGUCGGAUGCACUGGACAAACUCAACCGGCAGCACAGCAAGAACAGGAGGCGAGCUGAACCCCGACAGGUCCAGACAGCGAUCAUCAUCGGUCCAUAUGGACAGCCUCUGACCGUCUACCCCUGCAUGCUGUGUGGUAAGAAAUUCAAAUCCCGCGGCUUCCUGAAGCGUCAUACUCGAUACCACCACCAGGACGUCUUGAGUCGCAAAAAGUACCAGUGCACCGACUGCGACUUCACCACCAACAAAAAAGCCAGCCUGCACAACCACAUGGAGGUCCACGCGCUCAGUAACAAAGCUCCUUUCGAGUGCGAGACCUGCGGCAAAGAGUUCCACCAGCAGGCGGCGUUGUUCACCCACCGUCUUCAACACCAUCAUCGUGAACAGAAAUCACCGACGGCCAUUGCGUCGCCGAUCUCUCCCGCUGCUGCAACCAAGUCGCACAAAUGCAAGUUUUGCGAUUACGAGACUGCCGAACAAGGCCUGCUCAAUCGCCACUUACUGGCCGUACACAGUAAGAGCUUCCCGCACAUAUGCGUGGAAUGCGGCAAAGGUUUCCGCCAUCCGUCGGAGUUAAAGAAACACAUGCGGACGCACACCGGCGAGAAGCCGUACUCCUGCAUAUAUUGCGAUUACAAAUCUGCCGACUCGUCCAACCUCAAGACGCACGUGAAAACAAAACACAGUUGCGAGCUGCCGUACCGCUGCGAGCGUUGUGGCCAGACCUUCAUUGAGGAGGAGGAGUUGACGCAGCACGCUGCGACACACGAGGACGCACGAGGGCACCAGUGCAGCCACUGCGACCAUCGCAGUUCCAACUCGAGUGACCUUAAACGGCACGUAAUUUCCGUGCACACUAAAGACUACCCUCACAAAUGUGCCAUUUGCGGAAAAGGCUUCCACCGACCAUCCGAACUCAAGAAACACUCGACGUCGCACAAAGCAAAGAAGCUACACCAGUGUCGCCACUGUAACUUCAAGAUCGCAGACCCUUUUGUACUUAGUCGCCACAUCUUAUCGGUACACACCAAGGAACAACAACAAACACAGCAACAGCCAGUGUCGCCAACGGCAGCAUCGCAACCACAGGCGCCACCGGCAGAAAAGAGCACCCCCAAGAGGACUAUAGGGGCGACGCAAUUAACAGCGGGUGGUGCUGCGGUAAAGAAAGCAGGUGGGGCGGUGGGCAAGGGCCCACGGGAAAGGAGGGUGUAUCAGUGUCAGUAUUGCGACUACAGCACAGGGGACGCAUCUGGCUUCAAAAGACACGUGAUUUCUAUCCAUACGAAAGACUACCCUCACCGCUGUCAGUACUGCUCUAAGGGCUUCCGUAGGCCUUCUGAGAAAAACCAGCACAUCAUGAGGCACCAUAAAGACAUGGUGCCAGCAGAAUGAGUCUGGAGAAACCCUUUGCAUCCUCCUCUUCCUCAUCUUCAUCCAUACGCCACUCACUUCCAUAAGGACACUAAUCAACCAGUGAUUCAAAAUCACCAUCGCUAGUAUUGGCAACCUCUGCACAGGCCUUCUUAUUAAGACUUGCCAUACAUAGCAAUGUGUGUAAGUUGUUGUGUCUGUAAGAGAGAGUGAAUAUGAAAGUGUUUAGUGAAGUAGAACACAUUUUUGCAUCUCAAUGGCCAAUGGUCUGCUGCAUUAAAGGAAUACUAGUUCAACCCAAAAUUAGUUACUUACCCUCAUGUCAUUCCAAACCCGUCAGUGUUUUUUUCCAUUGAACACGAAAGUAGAAAUGUCGUUCGCAUCUUUUUUCCAUACAAUGCAUAGUGACUUGUCAAGCUCCAAAAAGGACAAAAUCACCAUAAAAAUGGUCAAUACAGCUCGUGCGCUAUAUUACAAGUCUUCUGAAGCAGUAUGAUAGCUUUAAGUCAUUAUUCACUGAUAAUUGUUCCUGUCCAGAUAAAAAAAUGACGUGUUGACGUCAUUGACGGCAGGAGGGAAAGUUUAUCAGUGAAUAGCAACAUACAUUUUGGUCUGAUCCUAGCACAAAGCUGAUUCAUGACAUGUUUUGACUAGAGGUGGACCGAUAUAUUGGUUUCACUGAUUAAUCUGUGCCCAUAGUUGCUUUUUGGAACUAGCUGUUAUCUGCAAAAAACUCGUAUAUGUAUAUAUACAUACACUUAAACUGUAUAUACUCUAUACACAAAACUCUUCAUCUGGUAAAUAUAUAGGCUAUAAAAAGCUUAAUUUGUUAAAUACUUACAUAUAGAGCAUUGUAAUGGAGCCAAGUCCCUGGUGAAUUUCAGGCUUGUUUAUAAUUAAAAGUCCUGCAUUAUGCACCAAAUCUGAAUUUUUCUGGUUAUUAUUGGGAUUUUGGUUGCACACUAAACUGCUUUUGGGUUUUUAUUCAUUUUGGACUCUUGUAGCCUCAGUGUCUGUGCAUGUCAUUGUAAGGAAAGACUAAGAAAUGUUUCAUCAUUCUAAAAAUCGAUAAAAAAAAAUAAAACAAUCUAUCAGCCGAUUAAUCGGUUAUCUGCCUUUUCCACCUCCUUUGUUAUUAGUAUCGGCAAAAUCCACUAUCGUUUGACCUCUAGUUUUGACUACUUUAAUGGUGCCUUUUUGGGGUUUUUUUUCUCUUCCAGUAGCUUAACAUCCCCAGUCUCCAUUCACUUUCAUUAUAUGGAAAAGAGCAGACAGGAUAUUCUUUUUUUUUUUAUUUUCUCCCCAAUCUGGAAUGCCCAAUUCCCAAUGCGUUCUAAGUCCUCAUGGUGGCGUAGGACAAAUCUCAGUUGCCUCCGCAUUUGAGACCAUCAAUCCGCGCAUCUUAUCACGUGGCUUGUUGAGUGCGUUACCGCAGAGACAUGGCGCGUGUGGAGGCUUCAUGCCAUUCUCUGCGGCAUCCACGCACAACUCACCACGCCCCCCCCGAGAGCGAACCACAUUAUAGGGAGCACAAGGAGGUUACCCCAUGUGACUCUAGCCUCCCUAGCAACCGGGCCAAUUUGGUUGCUUAGGAGACCUGGCUGGAGUCACUCAGCACACCCUGGAUUUGAACUCGUGACUCCAGGGUAGGUAGUCAGCGUCAAUACUCGCUGAGCUACCCAGGCCCCUCAGCCAGGAUUUUCUUUAAAAAUGCACCUUUCGUGUUCCACAGAAGAAUGUCAAACAGGUUUAUAAAUGACAUGAGAGCAAGUGAUGACAGAAUUUUUAUUUUUGGGUGAACCCAAACUUGGUAAAUUUACUUUGGUAAAUGGAUGUGUUAUUGUUUUAUGUCUUUUUAUCAAUACAUUUCAGUUUGUUUUUGUACUUUAACAAAUGACCUUCAUUUGCAAUCAGCCUCUAGGAUCAGGUGCGAUAUUCCUGAAGCAUUUCAGAUACACGCUACGAGUGCUUUCAGUUUCUUGUCUCAAAUCUGUAACAACGGGGAAUCUGACCCUGGGAUCGCAUAACCUCUUUGAAUAUAGGAUCAUGUACACAUGUCUUACAAUUUACCAGCAUGUCUGUCUGAUUAACACCCAUGUGGGUAAAUUGGAAGGUAUCAGGUAAUGCCUUUAGUCUCUGAUAUACUUUUACAGUAAGAAAGCUUGAGUUCUGCAAUAACAAAGGAAAGAUUUUAAUGUUUGAUGAACUAUUCGGUCAUGCAAGGUAUUUUUUUUUUUUUUUUUCAAUGCUGUAAGUUGAUUUAAAUCCAUUGCACAUCAAGAGUGGAUGUAUGGGACCAUAGAACUACUAAAUAUAGACUAAAAGGUGAAUCUCAUUUACACAGAUCAUGUCCAGGUCAUAUUAUAGCACCCAAAAAAUCUAUAGAAAUAAGCCUAUUACCAUUAAGAGUUUUUGCAUUGGGACAAAUUCUCAGUAUUGCAGUCCAAAAAAUAAUUUUUACUGUCAUGUGAAAAAAAUGGAUAUUAUUUUGAAGUAUUUAUAUGUCAGGGUAGUAUUUGUUGUACUGCCUUUAAUUUAUGCUGAUUAAAAUAAAACGUCUUGUAGUAGAUAUUUUUAUUAUAAUAAAGGAAUAAAAAUCACCAUUUAAAAUAAUGGGAAUUACAAAAAAAUAAAUAAAAGCCAAAUGUCCAGAUGCUUUAACUAUAAUGCAAAAUAUGUAUUUUUUUUUCUUUUUGAUUUUGGGGUGAAAUGCGACCUGGACAUAUUUUUGUCGAUUCACUUUAAAUGAAUUCGUACGCUAUAUAUUCCGUAAGAUUCAGUAUGCUAAUCAUGUCUGGCUAACCCGUUUUUUUUAAAUAACCUUAUUGGACAGUAUACACAACAUGCAGUAUGUACUUUUUUAAAAAAGACAAGUAAUAUGAGAUUACAAGUGAACAUAUCUGUGUGUGAUUGUGUGUUAGCAGGGUUUGCAUCAGAUCCGUUUGCCAUUGCCAGUAACCUCGAGUGACCGCUAUGGUCUUGACAACGUCAUAGUGUUGGUACUGAAAGGCUGUUUUCCUGUAGAGGUCCAUUCUUAUGAGUCAAUGCAAAUACACACCAUAACCAGUACAUGUCUUAAUAGUCAACGUCAGACCUCACUAGGUGUGCUUAUUUUGGCUGCCAUCUCUUACUGCGCAGUAAUGAUGUGUGAACAUGUGGCACCUAUAAAAUAGAAAUAAUAAAUUGACAAAAAAAGCUGGAAUUGACAAGUCAAAUGCACUCUUGUUUAUAUGUAGUGUUAAUCAAAUGUAGAAUGAAUGCUGAUUUCGAUCCAAUACCUGUGAUGGUUGAUGUCAUCUUAAGCUUUGCAUGUUGUUGGCCAGUGGUUCCUAGAGGAAGUCGACAUAUUUUACACGACCUCAAAACACUGAAACAGCCUCUAUUCGACACGGAACAGCACCAUUGUUGAUUAAUUAGUGAGCGUGUUAUCUCCCUCAAAUUGAUGCCAUUCACAUUAUCAUUCCCAUACCUUCCUCUCCCCCUGAACAUUUUUAUACUGCAGAUAUUUAUUUGGUCACUGUUUAAACUUUGUUGUAUAGUUAAAUGUAACUAGAAUUAUAUGGGACUAUAACUUAUUGUUUUGUACACAGAUCUGUAAAGAGAGAGUGUAGAUGUAAACACUUUGAAAGGAGUCUGAACUUUUGUGUUGUCAUGGAUGUAUCUUCACAUUUGUUUAAAAAAAAAAAAGAAAAAACGAUAAAAAGGAAAUAAAAUGCAAAGUAUUUUCCUGCAUUUUCUGUUCAA